CACCUUUUGGCUAUUAACAACGUCAAUCAAAACCAUUUCGUCCAAUCCGCUUAAUGUUUUCUAUCUUGACAGGAAAUGCUUCAAUUUGCGGAGUUUCGUUCCAAACUAUCAUCCGACGUAAUGCAGUUUUCAAGAACAAUUUGAAGGGGUAAACUUGAUCAAGCUGGUGAACGCAAUGAAGGUAGUAUCCUUCCUGGUGGUUGUCUAUGUGACAGUGCCACUCACCAUCUACCUGUGCCCUUGGACACUGGAUUAUGCCAUUUUUGCUCACUUGUUGAGGCUUCCAUAUUUGGUGGAUCUCAACCAUCCAGAAUAUCUGCUUAACCACACGUGCAACUUCUACCUCGACCCGGAGGAGGGCGUCCGUGUGGGUGUAUGGCACACGCUCCCUGCCAGCCAAUGGGAUGAGGCGGCAGGGAGAGGCCCCGAGUGGUACCGCAAGGCUCUGGGAGAUGGAAGUCCUGUUAUCAUCUAUCUCCAUGGUAACGUGGGCACCAGGGCCAAAAAUCACAGGGUGCAACUGGUGAAGAUUUUAAGCUCCGCAGGAUUUCACGUCUUGUCUUUGGACUACAGAGGCUUUGGCGAUUCGACAGGGGAGCCGAGCGAACGCGGGAUGACCACAGACGCCUUCCACCUGUACACAUGGGUGAAGCAGCACAGUGGGGGGUCUCUGGUGUGUCUGUGGGGGCACUCACUCGGUUCCGGGGUUGCGAGCAACACGGCUGUAAAAGUGCAAGAGCAAGGUUCCAUCAUGGACGCCUUAAUUCUCGAGGCUCCGUUCACAAAUAUCGGCGAGGUCGUUGUCGACUUUCCUCUGGCUAAGCUCUACACGUUCCUUCCGGGCUUCGAACUCUUCCUGUGGAACACUUUGGAGAAGAACAAGAUGAUUUUUGCGAACGAAGACAAUUUAAAGGUGCUGACCUGUCCGUUGCUCAUUCUGCACGCCGAGGACGACGACAUGAUUCCGUAUCGCAUGGGUCAAAAGCUGUACCAGAUUUCAUCGCGCACGCACAGGGAGCUAAGCAAAGAAAUUCCGUUGGAAAUGAUCUCCUACCCGGCGACUCGCGGAUUCUCCCACAAUGACAUCUACUUGGAUCCCGACCUGGCCACGUCGGUGGGCGAUUUUCUGCGGAAGCUACGAGGGUAGCGUGACCGUCCCACAUCAGCACAUGGAACGCACAGCUGCACUACUCUCCUCCUUUUUUUUCUGUACAGCAGUACAGUUUUUUUUUCACUGUUAUACAAUUGUGUUCAAAAGGUUACACACCCUGGCAGGAUUUUUUUUUUUAGAUUCCGCCCAAAACAUUUCUUUUAUUUUUUUAAUGAGAUUUAAAUUGCACGUGAGAAUGACACAAUCAGAUUAUUAUAAUUU